GUCUUUUCUGCACUUACACAGCUGUUGCAAUCUCAUCUGUUUUCAUUCUGUUGCUGACAUUUUUUGUUGGUUGCAUGUGGUUUGAUAUCAAAAGGAUAAACGCUCAACGCAGAGAUUUCUUGCCUUGCCUAAUGAGUCGUCCUCCAACUGAUUGUUGCUUUGGAAUUCGGAGAAGUGGCUUUGACAACGUUAUGAAAGCAUGGGGAAAACUAAUUACUUCACCUGUUGGAAAAGUCUUUGUGUUCUUAGGUUCACUACUUCUCCUAGCUUUUGGAAUUUAUGGCGUUCUUGGCCUCGAUGAAAGUUUUAACAGAAAGUGGUUAACAACGAAAGAUUCACAUUUCCGAAAAUUCCUAAAUGUUUAUGAAGAAAACUUUCACCUUAAUAUCGAAGUUAGCAUAAUUUUCCCGGAAAAAACUGAUCACUCGAGCAUUGAAAUUCAGAAAAUAUACUCCCAAGUCGAAACUCUUGUUGAAAGUAACCAAUAUUUUUCUCCAAGAAGGAUAUCGUGGUUAUCCCAAUAUAUAUGGUGGGCACAGAAUAGAAAGAUCAAAAUCGAUAAUACCAGAAUGUUCCAUCACUACUUGAAGGAGUUUAUUUCACUCCCGGAGUAUCAAAGGUUUGCCCAGGAUGUAAAAUUUUCGAAAGAUAAAACUCAUUUGACGGCUUCAAGGAUGCUAGUAUAUUGUAAGAGUGAUCCUGACUCAAACUUUCAAAGAAAUAUGAUGGCGAGCAUUCGAAAGGAUCUCCACUCAGCGGAUGCUCGUGCAUUUGCUAUUGCCUUGCCUUUUAUAUACUUUGAACAGUAUGCUCAUGUACUUAAUGAAACCAUCAGGAACUUGGUUGUUGCUGGAAUUUCAAUUAUUUUGAUAUCCUGGCUGUUUAUUAAUCACUUUGUAGUAAUAUUUUGUCUUAUAUGGGGAUUCGGUGCUCUUAUAUUUGAACUAUUUGGUCUAAUGUACAUCUGGAAUGUCUCUUUGAACUCAAUCUCUAUGAUUAAUCUUGUUAUGGCUUUGGGAUUUUCUGUAGAUUACAACGCACAUGUCGCUUUCCACUUUGUUUCCUCCCGGGCAACAACUCCCGAACUCCGUGUCAUCGAUGCUCUAAGCAAAGUAGGCGGAAGUGUUUUUUUAGGUGGGCUUAGCACAUUCCUUGGAAUGAUGCCAACGGGAUUUACCUCCUCCAUGGUAUUUCAGACAUUUUUCAAAAUGUUUGUUGGUAUCGUUUUUCUUGGUUUACUUCAUGGUUUGGUUAUACUACCUGUGUACCUGUCUCUACUCGGAAAGCUCUUUAAUCUUCGUGGAAGUAACCUUGACUUGUCAAUCAUAAAGUGGUUCAACAUUACAAAAAGAUACAAAUCUAGUAGAAAUACAAGCCGAGGUUUAUCUGGAUUACACGCAAAAACCAAGCAAUCCAAUCCGAUUGCCAUUGUGGGAAUGAGUUGUCGUUUUCCAGGUGGGGCAAACUCGAAAGAUGCAUUUUGGGAUAUGUUGGUGGAAGGUCGAUCUAGUAUUGGCUCGUAUCCAAUGAACAGGCCAGACGCAAGGGAGUUCACAGAUUCGUUUAACCCAGGGAAGCACACGCCAGGGAAGCAUUACAUCCUUACUGGCGCAUUUCUUGAAAAUAUUACAGGAUUUGAUGCUCAGUUUUUUGGAAUAUCUCCAAUCGAAAGCCGUUCAAUGGAUCCCCAACAGCGAAUACUUCUUCAAGUUGUCUUUGAAGCGAUUGAAGACGCCGGUAUACCGCUUGAGGACUUACAACAAUGUCGAACUGGCGUUUAUGUCGGAUCUAUGUGCACGGAAUAUAGUGCACUUGUUUUUGAUCCUUCGAAUAUUAGAAAGAUUGAUCAGUUCUCGUCAACUGGCUGCUCUAUGUCAGUUAUAGCCAACCGGAUCUCUUUUUCGCUGAACCUAACUGGCCCUAGCAUCGCGUUGGAUACAGCUUGUUCCUCAUCUUUGGUUGCUUUGGACAUUGCAUUUCAACACUUACAAACUGGCGAGUGUGACGCGGCUAUAAUUUGCGCCCCUAAUAUAAUUCUUAUUGGAAACCAAUUUCACACGGCAUGCUGCAGAACUGGGCUGCUGGCCCAAGAUGGUCGUUGCAAAUGUUUUGAUAUCAAAGGUGACGGCUAUGGGAGAGGUGAAGGUGUAGCUGCGAUCGUGAUAAAACCAACCGAAACAGCCUUAGAGGAUAGAGAUAAUAUUUAUGCAGAGGUCGUGGCUUGCGGAACAAAUAAUGAUGGCCAAACCGCCAUUCCAAUGACAGCCCCUAGUGAGGUAACACAAACCGCUCUUUUUAGGAGAGUUCUUCAAGAAUCAGGUCUGACCAAGGACGAUAUAACGUACGUGGAAGCACAUGGCACCGGUACAGCCGUUGGAGAUGUCGUCGAAAUGGGAUCGCUGUCAACAGUCUAUGGCAAUAGUGGUAAACGAUUACUUCGUGUAGGAUCAGUGAAAUCAAACGUAAACCAUACGGAGUCAACAGCAGGUUUAGCUGGACUAAUCAAGACAUGUCUGAUGAUAAAACAUGCUCAAUUUGUUCCUACUAUUAAUAUUCAACAAGUUAAACCACAGCUCAUGAUGUCUCAGAGAAAAAUGGUUGUUCAAGUUUCCAAUGAGCCUUGGAAAACCGAGGAUGAUAAGCCGAGAACCGCCGCGGUAUCUUCGUAUGGAUUCGGUGGUGCAAAUGCUCAUGCAAUCAUUAGGGAAGUAACAGCGAGGCCAACAACUAUAAUCCCAAGCAGAAAUUCAUCCAACAGAGUCCUAACAUUGUCGGCAGCGUCGAAAGAAUCAUUGAGAGCAAUGGCUAGAAAAGUGUCUUUAUCGCUAAAGAUAAAGCCUGAUGACGACGAACUUCUUAAAGAUAAUAUUUGUUAUUCCUUCAACGAAAGGUACACAAUUCAACUCCAUCGCUUGGCGAUUAGCUUCUAUUCAUUUCAAGAUGCAGCAAAGGCAUUGGAUAUGUUCUCUGAUCAGGAGAAUGGAUGGGAAGAAUUGGUGGCUACAGGGGUCGUCGCUAAGCCGCGUCGUGAAGCCGUAUUCCUCUAUGGUGGUCAAGGUGCACAGUGGUAUGGUAUGGCGAGAGAAAUGCUAGUUCACGAGCCAAAAUUCAAGCAAAGCAUUGAAAAAAUUGACGCACUCCUUAAACAAUACCAUGCCCCCUGGUCCUUGAUUUCUGAGCUCAAGAAACCUGAAGAAACGUCGCGAAUUCAUGAAAACCCAAUUGGACAGACUGCUCUGUUCGCCAUACAUUUUGCUUUAACCAAGCUGCUAAAAUCAUGGGGUGUUUCACCGUCCGCAGUUAUUGGUCAUAGUCUUGGAGAAAUAUCUGCAGCCUGGGCAUCUGGAGCAUUAAAUUUGAAUAAAGCUUUGCAGUUGGUUUUGUUUCGCUCUCAACUUCACGAGAAAUGUUCACCAACAGGUUGUAUGGCUGCCAUUGGGAUGACAGAAGAGGAAGCUCGACAUAUGCUGCAAGAUCUUCAACUGACAAAUGAGAUCGACGUUGCCGCCGUGAAUAGCCCAGGUAAUGUUGUGUUAUCUGGUAGCCAAAGGUCAAUGCAGCUGGUGGAAAACCAUGUGUCCAGGGAAAGAAGAAAUCUUUUGUGGAAGAAACUCACUACGACCCGAGCAUACCAUAGUAGAGAAAUGGAUGAAAUAAAGCAAGCAUUCCUUAAUCUCACAAAGGAAUUCAAAGUUUGUGAAACUUCAAGCCAUUUGCCAUUUUAUUCAACUGUUACCGGCACCAAGUUGCCUGGUAGUCUCUUAUCACUUGACCAUUGGUGGCGUAACAUCCGACAAGCGGUUUUACUGGAGCCCGUAUUAAAAAAGAUGUUUUCGGAUGGUCACCGGUUCUUCAUUGAAAUAAACGCAGUACCUCAGCUUUCAUACCAUGUUCGUCAGACUUGGUCUCACAAUCAUCCAUCAGAUUCUCUACGUUCAAACGACGUCGUUGUAGUUCAAACUCUCCCAAAACAAUCAGUUAAAAGCCAGCACUUAUCAUUUCUUCAAAAUUGCGUGGCUAGUCUCUUCGUAAAUGGUGUGCCCUUAUCAUGGAACAAAGUGCAAGGCUCUGGAUCGAAAACAUUUUUCCCCCGUCCAACAUAUCCUUGGCAAGAGACAAAGUAUUGGUACCGCGAAGCGCGUCCACCAGAAUGUGUUACAUUUUACGAUGAGCACAACACUAAUGAAGAAAAUAAGGAAAUCAACACAUUCCAUCCUCUUCUUGGUAAAGCAGUGCCGACGGAAACGUUCAGUGGUUUGCAGGCUUGGGAAUCUGAAAUCAAUUUGCACGAUGUUUCAUAUCUCCAGGAUCACAAAUUUUCUCAAUCUUCAAACCCCUUGAUACCUGCCGCUGUUUAUAUAGAGAUGGUGUUUGCCAUGUCUUUGCACUUGUCUCCACGGGCAGCACCAGAUGUUCGUAACAUCACUUUCGAUAGUCUACUGUCUAUAUCCGAGAAUGAUUCGCACAAGAUAAGAACACGUCUUCUACCUGAAAAAUCCCUUGGUGAAAAUAAAUCAUUUCAGAUCACUGCAGUGGAAAGGGACGAGAGAGAACUAACUGUCUCUCAAGGCUCCAUUCAGCUUGGUAUUGAUGACAGAUAUGGAUCGAAAGAAGCCUCCCAAAAAGUAAAUAUCUACGAUAUUGAAAUUCUUAAAUCUUCAAUGGAAGAAUGGUCAAGGGCAGAUUUUCUUAAAGCUCGUGAGACUGCGGGAUUCGCAUUCGGUCCUCAGUUUGAUUUGAUAGUGAGAGCGUGGUCCAGUGGCAACGAAGCCCUCUCUCUCAUAUGCCCGACUGAAGAAAUCGUUAAUACAGAAGAAUAUGUCUUGCAUCCUUCGGUGAUUGAUGCAUGUUUACAGACAACCAUUCUGUUGGACAUCAAAUCUGUUGUUAAAGCUGUACCAAAGGAGAUUAAGCGCAUCAACAUUUUGAGAAAGGCAACGUACACGCAGCAGUUUUAUGCUUACGCAAAGAUCGUAGAAUCAGAAAAAGGAAAGGCGUUUAACAUUUUCCUUUUGGAUCAGUGUGCCCGUGCUUUGAUGAUUAUUGACCAGUUUAGCAUAGAAGAAAUACUGUCAGAUCGAGAGGAAGUGAAAUUUGAUAACGCAGUGUUCACAUUUGGUUGGCAGCAGUUAGAGUCUGGUUCUUCAAAAGUUCGUGAGCAUUAUGUUUGGCUGAUUCUGAGAGACCAAAGUAAGUUUGCUGAACGAUUUGCACAGCAUGUCCCGCAAAGCGGAAGUGUUGAUUUUGUUGACAAACGAGAUACCUCAGAUGAAUCUCGUGAUGCAUUUUCCCGAUCGCUAGAUAAAGUAUUGGCUAAAAUAGAAGCUAAUCAAAAGAUAAUGGUGAUCAAUUUCUGGCCUGUAGAUGGAAGCAAAUUCAAUAUGGAUGCGCGCAACUUUGAUGCUGCUCAUAGCUCUGCGUUUGAGAGCUGUCUUUUGAUUUCUCAAGAAAUUUUAAACAGAGAGGGGUAUCUCAAACAGAUUCAGCUUGUGUUUGUCACUUCAGGCGUGAUUUCAAUUCCUCAACUAGAACGAAGUGGUGAAGAUACGUUCCCAUGGUCUGGAACUGUAUUUGGAUUUAGAAGAACCUUCUCAGAAGAAAUCACAGUCCCCACUGCUUCUGUGAUUGAUUUGCCGGUCAAUCCUAGCGAUGAAGAUUUUCAUGCAAUGGCACACGACAUUGAAAAAACAUUGCUAGAAGAAGAGAUUGUAUAUAGGAAUGGUGAACGGUAUGUCAAUCGUAUUCAAAAAUUUGAUCCUGACGGGUCCAAAUGUACGAGAAGCGAAUCACCUUUGGAGGAAGAUGGAGCACUAAAGCCUGUAAAGAUGGCGAGUUGGUCAGGUCAGUGGUUUCUACAGAAAGGGUCGAAAGAACGGAUUGGAGAAAUUGAAGUCUACUAUGCCUGUCCUAUCCUUCAUAAGAAUUGGAAAGAUCUUAAACCAAACGAUCUUAUUUCAAUUGCUGGGAAAAUGUGCAAUGGACUGGAGGCAAACGAUGAUCCCUUUGUGUUUGGCAUCUGUAAAAUUGAUAAUCUUGGAAGUUAUGUUGCUGCAGAGGAAACCUGCUUCACGGAGAUAAAAGCCAUUUUCACCCCUCAACAAGCUGUGUGCAUUGGAUUUCCCAUGGCAAUGUCUUACUACAUUCUUACAAAUCUUCUUUGUGAAAUAGAAGGUGAUAAGAAAGUUCUUGUAUAUCAUCAAAGUGAGGAAGUAUGCUUCAUUUUUGCUUGCGUUGCCGCGUCUAUUGGUAUAAAUGCUGUGUGUCUUGUUCACAGUCAGUCUAGUAAAGAUCGAUUUGGAGAGUUAUUGGUUGUAAGUGAAAAUGAAGUAGCGGAAGCUGAACCUAAGGAUACUAGCUGUAAAGAUUUUGAUGCUGUUUGCCUUCUGAGUAGAAGCAGUGCUUAUGUCACAGGUGAAAUACUGAAACAUCUUAAACCAGGAGCUAGUGUUAUUACAUGUACCCUCGACGGAGCUGAAAUUAUGAUGCUUAAUCCAUGGAUUUACGUGAAAGAUGUCCACUUUAUUUUGACUAGUUUACAAGACAUUACUAAGAGUUCUACCGAUUUUUCUAAGCUAUUAGAUUCGUGUUAUUCAGUUUUGAAAUCGAAAGGGCUUUGGAGCAAGCUUCUAGAUAUAACUCAAAAAGCAUCCAGCAUUUACGAUGUUAUGCAACGUGGCGAUGAAUCCAAUAACCGAUGCCUACCUGAAGUUGAGCGAAAAGGGAACUUUAGUUUAAACAUAAUUUCUGUGAAGCCAGAGACUGUUCCUGGGCAGGUUGAUUUCUAUAAUCUACCACUUGACAUCAAUGGUUUGAAAGAUGAUCGAACUUAUCUUGUCAUUGGCGGCGUUCGAGGUUUUGGGUUCCAAAUCGCAAGAUGGAUGGUUGAAAAUGGGGCAAAAACAGUCGUGUGUACAGCGCGUUCACAACCAAGUGAUGAAAAGAUUUCGGAGGUUCAACAAUUGGAGAAGAAAACUGGAUCUCGUAUCCUUCUACGUCAAGCAGACGUAACAUCUUGGGAAGAAAUGAAUACAGUUAAAAACGAACUCGAAAGUCUACCUGAUGUAGCUGGAAUCGUUUUUACCGCUAUGGUAUUGGCCGACCAGUUUCUCAAGAAAGCCGAUUUAAAGACAUGCAGAAAUGUUGUAGGGACAAAGGUGAAAGGGAGUGUAAUCCUUCACCAACUCAGUCUUACGAUGGAUCUAGAUUUCUUCAUUAUGUUUUCCUCAAUAUCCGGAGUUCUUGGUAAUGUUGGCCAAGCAUCUUACGCUGCAGCUAACACAUUUUUAGACCAACUAUGUGAAUAUCGUCGAAACAAGCUUGGCCUGCCUGCUUUGUCUAUUAACUGGGGACCGAUUAGUGGUGCUGGAGUACUGGAAAGAAAUGCGGAUAUCACAUCAGUCCUGGAAACAUACGGAUUUUUUCCUCUUCACUAUACGCAAGCAACUGAGUUUAUGGAACGCAUCAUUCUUAAAAAUUUUAACGAAGCUCAAGUUUGCAUAUCUCCUGUGAAUUGGCAAGUUUAUCUUAGAAGUCAUACUUCUCCGAGGUUCCAAUGGAAACGAGAAGAAACGCUGCUAGCCGUGGAUAAUGUCAUGACAUUGGAGAGCCUAGCACUGCUACCGUUGGAUUUGAGAAUUCAAAAUGUUCAAGAUUUUAUUAGGCGUUUGCUGAGUUCGUGGUCAGGUAGUGAGGCUUCUGAAGUGGACUUAAACCUCGGCCUGUACAAGUUUGGAAUCGAUUCAAUUGCUGCAACAAACAUGAAACAUCGAAUUGAAAACAACAUUGGGGCUAAAUUUGAGGCAUAUUAUUUCAUCCAACCAAAUGUGAAUGGUCUAAAAAUCGUCAAUGAUAUUCUGGAACAAAUAGAAAACGUAGAAUCGACGAGUGCGGACAAUGAAUCCUCGAAAGAAAUAAAGCAAAGGAAACGCAGUUUGUCAAGUAACCAUAAGGAAAAAAAUAAAAUUGUUUUACCUGAAAUUAACAACAAUGACACCGUUAAGAUUGAAAGAAUUAACCAUGGGCUUGAGCUGCAGAACAUAAAUAUUCCUUCAAUCCCAGAGAAAGUUAUUCCAAUUUAUACUCCUGAUAACGUAUUUGUUAAAGUUUUUAUGACACACUCCAGCGAAAAGUCGGCACUUGGACUAGCGUCAUUCGCGCAAGGUUUCCAAAAACAG